AUGCAGACGGCUAGUCAAGUUCUCGCAAGCCCUUUGCCCGUCAUACGACAUGUCAAGGGCACGCUCCACGCGUCAAUCUCCAACGAGUGGCUUCACGAAAGUUUCAUGCAUCUCUGGACAACAUUUGACCAGGAGAUCCGAUCAGCGCUGACACCGCUACACCUGAACUUCCAGGUCCCCAACGUGGAAUUUGCUGGCAGCGAGGUGUACCUGGUAGGGAAUGAAAUAGGCUUAUCUGGUCGGUUCAUCAACAACGUCUGCGUGCCUGUUGCCAAGGUUCUAGCGCGUUCAUCACAGCCAUCAUUGGUCAUCGGAGACAUUCAACCCUUCGCAAUUACAACGGAAAAUAUACCGUACGUAUCUAUCGGUGUGACCAUUGACAACGACGACCACAUUACAGAAGUUAAGGUAGUCGGCGAAUUGAAAACAUUCUGGACCCUUGAGCUUGCUCAGUUAUCUGUUUCCAGCGCUAAUUCUCGUGUGCAACUUGGACCCCAUCUUGGGCAGCUUGUAGCACAGAUGAGGAAAUCUGCGUUGCGCGACGGCUUUCUAUCCACUUACAAGGGGACCGUAUUUGUCAAACGAACAGCCGAUUUUGCCUUCCAUGUCUCCCGACCUAUUCGAGCCCAGGACACCAAUUUAUCUGUCCGGCAGUGUUUUGUGGGGUUCUGUAUUCUUGCCGACCAGGCCUAUAACUACACCGAGGAUUCAGACUUCAAGGCGGAGCGACUUCGAGGUCAGAAUGGUAUUCAAGCUUCUGUCCGCCAAAGCCCGCGCAAAAACUAUACCGCUGAAGGCAGUCUAGUGACCGGAAUGACCGGGAAUAUUACCCCGAAUUCAAUCAUUCUUAGCGGUCAGGGAGGGGCGCUUACAGUCUUGAAUAUCUCCCGGAUAAUUUCAGGCCCUCGCCAGACAGACAAGGCUAUCUUCGAGAUUGACCAGCAGGGAACCCGCUACAUCGCGAAGUGCUGGGGUCCCAUACAUGAGGGGGCGUCGAAUGCGAAAAUUGCUAUCUACGAGCGUCUAUCAGAAUCACGACCUGCAGGCUACGAUGUGUUCGCGAAUAUGAUACUCGCUGGGAACAUCCUGUGCUCAAGUUUGUUCCCUGACGGAAGGGCACUUGUCCUCCCCUACAAAAAUGGACAGACCCUGGCCUAUAUUUGGGAUGAUCUCAAUGUCCGCGAUCGAACUCACGUUCGUGAGGAGUGCGAGAAGGCCAUCCAAAUUCUUCGGUCUUUGUCAAUCUUCGUGCCCGACGCUGGAAAGCACAAUGUUUUGUAUGAAAGGGAGACAGGAGCCGUGACCAUGCUUGAUUUCGAAAGUGGCAUGGAACGUCACCCAUCAGAACAUGUGCCUUAUGUGGAGCUGCUGUCGGUGUUUGGGGACGCUGUGAUGCGUGGACGCACGAGUGGUGGGUAG